GAGAGUGCAAGGCAAAGGCUCUUUCUUUUAUAGAAAUAGGCUCGAAAUUUUGAUUUGAAAUUCAUUUCCAAUCCUUUAUCCCCUGUGGUAAUUUCCUUCAUGUUCGUGAUUCCUUUUGGUUUGGUCUGGUUGGUCGCAAAUUACUUGGCAAUGGCCAGAGAAUACCAGCACAUUGGCGUCGUUACUGGUUUAAAUUUCUAUCCACUGAAGUCUUGUAAGGGCAUCGCUAUAACAGAAGCCAGUUGCAAUGAGUAUGGAAUUGUCUAUGACAGGCAUUGGACGAUUUUGGAUCGUGGGGGGCGAAUGGUCACUUUGCGGAGUAACACGGCCUUGGUACAUAUCAUUCCGACCUUUGUUGAUGGUUUCUUGAAAGUCGAGGCCCCUGGCAUGGAACCACUUUUUGUUCCACUCAGUGUUGCUAAAGAAGAGCCAGAGAUUGUUGAUGUUGAGCUUUUUGGAAUGUCUGGGUCAGGAAUUCGUGUAAGCAAAGAAGCAGACGAGUGGCUUUCGAAAUACUUGGGGAAGCCCCACUCACUGUUAGUGUUUGAUUCCACGAGAUGUAUCCCAAGAAAGCUAACAUUGCAUAUGUCGAAUGCUAACAAACCUUAUAUACACGAAAAAGACAAAGUUGCUUUCUCUGAUGGAUGUCCGUACCUUUUAAUAUCAGAGGAAUCUCUUGAAGAAUUGAACAAGAAUUGUGCUAAAUUUAAAUGCUCAAUGGAAAGGUUUAGGCCAAAUAUUGUCAUUAAAGGGGGUAAUGCUUUUGAAGAGGACCAGUGGAACUAUUUAAAAAUUGGAACAUCAGAGUUUCGAUGCCUUCAUAGAUGUGGCCGUUGCACUGUGCCUAAUGUUGAUCCGGAGACUGGGUUAAGAGACAGCAAAGAACCGCUGCAAAGUCUCAGGUCUUUCAGACUUGUUCCUAAGGAGGAGGAUCCAUCAUUUGGCAAUUCCCCAGUUUUUGGAAGAAACUUGGGAAUUGAAACGCCUGGCUCUGUUAAAGUUGGUGACAUUGUUUAUGGAUCAAAGUGAAAUGAGUAUCUCUCAAUAGCCAAUAUGAAUAUUAAAUAGAUUAGUACAAUAGAUAAGCAAAUUUUUUUAAUAAUGACAAUUUGACAUUUUCAAUGAUAAUAUUUUCUAUUUAGUGUACCCAGACAAAACUUUGUAAUAUGUUUUAAUGAGACAUGUGUUUCAAAAAUUCUUUCUUAGAUUCAUGCCAUUAAACAUAAUUGGAAUUAAACCAGCCAUUGUGCCUUAAAAUAUCAAAGCAUAACAGGGGAUUCAUUCCAUGUCACCCACUCUCUCAUAGACCACCUUCGCCGAUUUUGAUAAAUUUUAGCUUGUAUAUUUUUAAGACAAUACUUUUUAAGAAUAUUGUCUUUUUACACUUGCCCUAGCUGUUAGUCUCUUAACUGUUCCUCCAAUGUCAUCACAGGGAGAAUUGUUGUGGCUUGAUGCAAAUAUUGUCCAUUUUGCACACAACCUAAAAUCUUGCAGAUGGAAUGUCUCAUUCAAGAAAUAUUGGUAAUACUUGUAUUGGGAAGCACUGCCAUCACAAAAAUAUUCUAAAAUGACCAAAAUUUGUGACUGGCUGUAUCUCAGGAACACCUUAACCAAUUGUGCUUAAAUUUUGGGUGAUUUGUCUUCUUCUGAGAAUAUACAUGGUCAAAUUUAUCAAAAUCCAAGUAGGUGGGUGAUAUGACCUUAAAUUUGACAUAGAAUGACCCAGAGAGUCUGUUUUUAUCUUUUUUCAAUGCACUUUUUUGUCAUUUUUAAUUUGACAAGCCUUUAAUUUUGUAUUAAAGUCGGCAUCCAAAAGUUGGAUUCUGUGAUAAAAGUUGCAGCGUUCUUUAGAGGAAAUAUGAUAAUCUUUUAUUUGAAUUUUUGAGGUCUAAGA